CCUCUGGUCACCUGCCAUCCUUUAUCUACACUUUGUUUUUCUGUCUCUUGCAUUCUUUUGACACGCAUUUGAAAGAAGAACAAGUUAAGAGCGCUAGUCUCUCUCUCCUUUGAAACCAAGCCGUAAGGCCUUAUUUUGAAUCCUUGUAAUUUCAAUUAACUCAUACUAAAUAUAUAUAAUUAACAGCACAGACUCUCCUAUAAUUAAGAUAAACAAUUAAACAUUUUCGAGUGUGUAAAGGAAACACAAAAUGGGAGUUGCAGGAACUUUGGAGUACUUCUCUGAUUUACUAAGCAAUGUCAAGAAGGGCAAGAAAAGGAAGCAAAUGCAAACUGUAGCACUCAAAGUCAGGAUGGACUGCGAGGGCUGUGAACGUAAGAUCAAGAGUGUCCUCUCCGGAGUUAAAGGUGUUAAAUCUGUGGACGUCGACAUGAAGCAACAAAAGGUGACUGUGACUGGUUACGCAGAGCCAAAGAAAGUGUUGAAGGCAGCUCAAUCGACAAAGAAGAAGGUGGAGAUGUGGCCUUAUGUGCCAUACACUUUAGUGGCAAACCCCUAUGUUUCACAGGCUUAUGACAAGAAAGCACCUGCUAAUCAUGUCAGAGCCGUUCCGGUCACCGCCACCAUCAGCGAGACCACCAUGGACGACAACUACACCAACAUGUUUAGUGAUGAGAACCCCAAUGCCUGUUCCAUCAUGUAGACUUACAUAAAAUGUAAAGUUUGAGGCUAAAUUAAUCAGUGUAGUGUUGAUAUAUAAUCUGGUUCCCUAAACUUUUUUAAAAUUUUAUUUUCGACUGUUUGUGGUAGAUACGUGGAGGUUUAGAAGGGACCAAUAUUGUGGGUAGUUAUGCGACAGCUACGUCAAUAAUUAAUGGUGUUUUUUUUUU